AUGGAUCAAUUUAAAAGAAUCAAGAAAAUAGGCAAAGGCAAUUAUGGUGAUGUUUUGUUAGUACAAAGGAAAUCAGAUGACAAAGUACUGUUAUUCUUUAUCCUUUCAGUUAUUUGCUAUAAAGAGAGUAGAUUUAAGUUUUAGAGAAAGCUAUGUGGUUGAUCCACUCAAUGAAGUUAAAUUGUUACGCAGUCUUGAUCACCCAAACAUUAUUUCUCAUUAUGAUUCCUUCACCCAUAAUAAUAAAUUAUGUAUUGUUAUGGAAUAUGCUGAGAAUGGUAUCAAAUUCUUAUUUAAUUCUUCUAGCCGAUCUAAGUAUGAUGGCCAACCAAGCUAAAUAAACACAAACAUACAUUGAUGAAAAUACAGUUUAGUAUUUGAUUUAUGCAAUAUUAUAGAUUCUUGGCUGGUUCUCCUAGAUCUCCAUUGCUAUUCAAUACCUCCACCAAUUGAAGAUAAUCCACAGAGACAUCAAAUUACAAAACAUCUUCCUCUGCAACAAUGGAAUUGUAUCAUUCUUUAUCAAUAUUUAGGUGAAAUUGGGGGAUUUUGGAAUAUCAAGAACUUUAGACAGCACCUUGGAUCUAGCCUAAACAUCAAUUGGUAUUUUACUAUUAUAAUAUCGAAGGAACUCCAUUCUAUCUCUCCCCUGAAAUCUGUUAAAAUCAACAGUACAAUCAUAAAAUAGAUAUCUGGAUGCUUGGAUGCACGCUAUAUGAAUUGUGCUCACUUCAAAAACCAUUUAAAGGGGAAUCCAUUAGUGAAAUCGCUUUUAAAAUCAUUAAUGAACCUCAUCCCAAGAUUCACAGAAAUUAUUCAGAUUUUAUCUCACAACUAAUAGAUGAAAUGCUAGAAAAGAACCCAGAAAAAAGACCUGACAUCUCGACCAUCAUCUAAUAUCCAUAAAUUUAAUCAGAACUAUAUAAGCUACAAGGACUUUAUAAGACAUAAUUUAAUUACAUCAUGCCAGUUUCACCUAUGCAAUCCAAUAAAUCAUCGUAAAAAAAAAUGCAUAAAAAUUCUAUCCAUUUCCUUGUUGAAUAAUCAAAAUAAUUACAAUAAUAAUAACAAUAGCAAUAACAAUAAUAAUCACCGUAAGUUUGUAAUUAGAAGAGAAGAAAAGUCUCAUUGCAAUAAUUAAUUUAAGAUACUUCAAAUUAGAAUUCACCUACAUUUAAAUAAUUAGCAACUGCUGACAAUGCCAAUAAGAAUAAGCCGUUAUCAUUUAAUCUACAUACACUUCCUGAUGUUAUCAAUGAAUCCAUAUAAUAGAAUUCAGCUGUUAUGGCUCAAAAAUAAUUAAGAUACUAGAAAUCAAUCUCUAUUAAUACUCAAAUUGAUGACAGCACUAAAAGAGGUACAAAUGAAUAUGAAAAUGAAAAUGAAAAUCAACCAACUUUACUUAAAAAUCCUAAGACUUUUUCAUUUGCAGGCUAGUUUUUAAAUCCUAAUGCUCCUACAUCUCCCUAGAGAUCUAUUUUAUUGACAGAUUUCCUUAAAAGAAAGAUAGGAGAAGAAAGAUUCCAAUAGAUGAAGACUCUCUUAGAAUCCUCUAAUAAUCCUAUGAAAAUGUUGGAUUAAGAAAAAGAGUUGGUAAGUGAAAUAUUAGGAGAAGAAAACAUGGAAUGCAUUAAGGUAUUUAUAAUUCAUUUUUUAGAUAUUUAAAGUUCUGAUCAGUAGUUCAAUCACCCCGUAAGCAUAACACACUAGAACAAAAAGCAGUCAAUCCUUUUAGCAAUAUCAUCAUAAUGAUUAGUCUUUGAUUGACUUAAUUAAAGACUCAGAUUUAAUUUAAAAUACAGAACACUCUUAGAAUUCAGUGUUCGAGAUUUCAUUUAAAAAUUUAUAAAAUUGCCAUGAUGCUUUUAAACAAUCGUGA